UGGUCAGUCUAAAAAUAUAGCGCCCAACGUAAGCAGCGCCAACAGCGCAGCGCGCAUUGCCAAACUGUGCCGGGAUUAGGCCAAUAAAUAGUGAAUUUCUGUAGCGUUAGUUGCAUUAAACAGUUAAAAUGCCGCCAAAGCGACCGCCACCGUUAGUGCCCAAGAAGCCAAAUCCUAGCAUGAACUACGAGGUGCUAAUCUAUUUGAAUAGCUUUUACUUUGGCAUGUUUGCCUGCUGUGAAAUGGCCAUGGGCUUGCUAAAGGCGAUCAAUUUAAGCUACACAGGGCACACGCUCGCGCAGGACUCGGCGGUGAUGAUAAGCUUCAUCGUGCUAGAGACGAUGCGCCUGAUAAUGGGACGCAAGGGAACGCUGGCCGAGCGAGGUUGGACUGCCAUAAUGUCUGUCUUUCUGACUCUACCCUGCUUUGUGGGCGUCUCGUAUCUGCUGCUCCUGCAAACCUACAGGCUGCGUCUGGAGUAUUGUCUAUGCACGCUGCAGAUAGCGCUCUACUUCACCGAGGUGUGGUACGCCAUCGUCUUUGUAUUCUCACUGUGUCGUCCAGUAACUUAUGAUUAGUAACAUAAUAACUACAGCAAGUCGAGACAUUUAUAUUGUAGUUUAAAAGCCAAGUAUAUAAAGAAAUCAAAACCAAAGCAAAAAAAACCAGAGAUUAGCAAUAUAGCUAUAACAUUAAUUAAACACAAACACAAACAAAUUUAACAUAAAGAAACCGAAAGAAUUGAAUUAU